GGCAACAAUUGGGGUCCUACCGAUGUCAACACGGAAAACAUGUCUAGCUAGUGAGCUAGAUCCCAACGUGUAACUAGACAUUUCAGAUGUAGAAAACGAGUACACGUGUAUAGUUGUUAAACCUUUUAUGCUAAUAUUUUAAUAUUUGAUUGAAUGUCAGCUAGCUAGUUAGUUUUCUUUUUGUGAACGUUAGGCUAAGACUUUCCGCAAGAUUCGUUCAGUAAGAAGCUAGCUGGAUACAUUGAUCAACGUGCAAGUACAAUACACGUUCUCGGUUGGUGUUGUUGGUAAAUAUGGGUCGCUCCUCCAAAGAUAAGCGUGAUAUCUACUACCGCCUGGCCAAGGAGGAGGGCUGGAGGGCCAGGAGCGCUUUCAAAUUGCUGCAACUGGACGAGGAAUUCGGACUGUUCAAAGGUGUCAGGAGGGCAGUGGAUCUGUGCGCUGCACCAGGCAGCUGGAGUCAAGUCCUUAGUCGUAAACUCAGAGGAAAAGAGGAAGGGAGUGAGGAAGUAAGGAGUGAGGAGGUGAAGAUUGUGGCUGUUGACCUCCAGGCUAUGGCCCCACUACCAGGGGUUACACAGAUUCAGGGAGACAUUACCAAGAUAUCUACCGCCCAGGAGAUAAUCAGACAUUUUGAGGGCCAGUCUGCAGACCUGGUCGUGUGUGAUGGGGCACCAGAUGUGACGGGACUUCAUGAUGUGGAUGAGUAUAUUCAAGCUCAGCUCUUAUUGGCAGCUCUAAACAUUACCACACAUGUUCUGAAACCCGGAGGGACGUUUGUGGCCAAGAUAUUCCGGGGUAAAGAUGUGACCUUGUUGUACUCCCAGCUGAAGAUCUUCUUCAGUGGUGUAACUUGUGCCAAGCCGCGCAGCAGCAGGAACUCCAGCAUAGAGGCGUUUGUGGUUUGUCAGAAUUACACUCCUCCUGAGGGAUAUGUCCCCAACAUGUCCAACCCCCUGCUGGACCACUCAUAUGAUGUAGAUUUCAACCAGCUAGAGGGGCCGAAUCGGAUCAUUGUUCCUUUUCUGGCCUGUGGGGAUCUCAGUGCAUUUGACUCCGACAGAACCUAUCCACUCCAGCUGGAUGGCAGUAAAGAAUACCAGUACACGCCCCCCACCCAGCCCCCAAUUUGCCCACCCUACCAACAGGCUUGUCAUUUGCGCAAGAAUAACCUAUUGGCUAAAGAGGAUUCCCCUUCCCUCCCAUUGGAUGAAGCCUUUUCCUCCAUGGAACUUUCAAGCCAUCAAGGAGAAACCCCUGCCCAUUCAUCAGCCUCCUCAACACAGAACACUGUCAAAUAACAUUACAAAAAGGUUCAUCAAGAUACAUAGUACUGUACAUGAGUACGUUUUUAAUUUCUUAGAUUUCUCAAACAAUAAAUCGAUUUUACCAUUUCCUUUAA